AUGACAGCCACCGUUGCUGCUUCUCCACAGCAGAGCCGGGCAGCGUAUCCUCAGGUGGCUACACAGAUGAAGUCGCCCGCUUCUCACGUGAACAGUGAGGGAGAGCUCGGCUAUGCUGCCUGUAGCAUGGUGGUUCCUGGAAGAGCCUGGUGGGGUCUCCUCCCUGGGGCCACUGGCACUGCAUACCUGCUGCCAGGUGACGGUGACGUUGUAAAUAAUAUGUAUGAACCCGACCCGGACCUGCUGGCCGGCCAGAGUGCCGAGGAGGAGACUGAGGACAGCAUCUUGUCCCCCAUCCCUAUGGGGCCGCCGUCCCCCUUCCCCACCAGCGAGGACUUCACUCCUAAGGAGGGCUCGCCCUAUGAGGCUCCUGUCUACAUUCCUGAAGACAUUCCAAUCCCACCAGACUUCGAGUUGCGAGAGUCCUCCAUCCCAGGAGCUGGUCUGGGGAUCUGGGCCAAGCGGAAGAUGGAAGUUGGGGAGAGGCUUGGCCCCUACGUGGUGGCGCCCCGGGCCGCACUGAAGGAGGCCGACUUUGGAUGGGAGCAGAUGCUGACGGAUACAGAGGUGUCAUCCCAGGACAGCUGCAUCAAAAAGAUCUCUGAAGACUUGGGCAGCGAGAAGUUCUGUGUGGAUGCCAGUCAGGCUGGGGCUGGCAGCUGGCUCAAGUACAUCCGUGUGGCGUGUUCCUGUGAUGACCAGAACCUCACCAUGUGUCAGAUCAACGAGCAGAUUUACUAUAAAGUCAUUAAGGACAUUGAACCUGGAGAAGAGCUGUUGGCCCAUGUGAAAGAGGGCGCCUACUCCCUGGGUGUCAUGGCACCCAGCCUGGAUGAGGACCCCACAUUCCGCUGUGACGAGUGUGAUGAGCUCUUCCAGUGCAAGCUGGAUCUGAGGCGCCACAAGAAGUAUGCAUGCAGCUCUGCAGGGGCCCCACUCUAUGAGGGCCUCGGGGAGGAACUCAAGCCUGAGGGCCUCAUCGGGGGCAGCGAUGGGCAAGCACAUGAGUGCAAGGACUGCGAGCGGAUGUUCCCCAACAAGUACAGCUUGGAGCAACACAUGAUUGUCCACACGGAGGAGCGUGAGUACAAAUGCGACCAGUGUCCCAAGGCCUUCAACUGGAAGUCCAACCUCAUCCGCCACCAGAUGUCUCACGACAGUGGCAAGCGCUUCGAAUGUGAAAACUGUGUCAAGGUGUUCACGGACCCCAGCAACCUCCAGCGUCACAUCCGCUCACAGCACGUCGGUGCCCGGGCCCAUGCCUGCCCCGACUGCGGCAAAACCUUCGCCACAUCCUCUGGCCUCAAACAGCACAAACAUAUCCACAGCACAGUGAAGCCAUUCAUAUGUGAGGUCUGCCACAAGUCAUACACGCAAUUCUCCAACCUGUGCCGGCACAAGAGGAUGCAUGCUGACUGCCGAACGCAGAUCAAGUGCAAGGACUGUGGGCAAAUGUUCAGCACUACCUCCUCCCUCAACAAGCACCGGCGCUUCUGUGAGGGCAAGAACCAUUAUACGCCGGGCAGCAUCUUCACCCCAGGCCUGCCCUUGACCCCCAGCCCCAUGAUGGACAAGACAAAACCCUCCCCCACCCUCAACCACGGGGGUCUAGGCUUCACUGAGUACUUCCCCUCCAGACCUCAUCCUGGGAGCCUGCCCUUCUCAGCUGCCCCUCCAGCCUUCCCCACACUCACCCCAGGCUUCCCAGGGAUCUUCCCUCCAUCCUUGUACCCACGACCACCUCUGCUACCUCCCACGCCACUGCUCAAGAGCCCCCUGAACCAUGCACAGGAUGCCAAGCUCCCCAGCCCACUGGGAAACCCAGCCCUGCCCCUGGUCUCUGCGGUCAGCAACAGUAGCCAGGGUGCCACGGCGGCCACGGGGCCAGAGGAGAAAUUUGAUGGCCGGUUGGAAGAUGCAUAUGUGGAGAAGGUUAAAACCAGGAGCCCUGACAUGUCAGAUGGCAGUGACUUUGAAGAUAUCAACACCACAACGGGGACAGACUUGGACACCACCACAGGCACAGGCUCAGACCUGGACAGUGAUGUGGACAGUGACCGAGACAAGGGCAAGGACAAAGCCAAGCCAGCUGAAAGCAAACCUGAGUUUGGGGGUGAAUCGGUGCCCCCUGGGGCCAUAAACAGUGUGGCUGAGGUGCCAGCCUUCUACUCACAACAUUCAUUCUUCCCACCACCUGAGGAACAACUGCUGACGGCCUCGGGAGCCGCCGGUGACUCCAUUAAGGCCAUCGCAUCCAUCGCUGAGAAGUACUUCGGUCCUGGAUUCAUGAGCAUGCAGGAGAAGAAGCUGGGCUCGCUGCCCUACCACUCUGUGUUCCCCUUCCAGUUUCUGCCCAACUUCCCCCACUCUCUCUACCCCUUCACGGACCGAGCCCUCGCCCAUAACUUGCUGGUCAAGGCUGAGCCAAAGUCACCCCGGGACGCUCUCAAGGUGGGCGGCCCCAGUGUAGAGUGCCCCUUCGACCUCACCACCAAACCAAAAGAGGCCAAACCUGCCCUGCUCAGACCCAAGGUUCCCCUGGUCCCCUCAUCUGGUGAGGAACAGCCGCUAGACCUGAGCAUCGGCAGCAGGGCCCGAGCGAGCCAGAAUGGAGGCAGCCGUGAACCACGGAAGAACCACAUCUACGGUGAACGGAAGCCUGGGGUUGGUGAGGGGCUGCCUAAGGUGUGCCCAGCACAGCUGCCCCAACAGCCAUCCCUGCACUAUGCCAAGCCCUCGCCCUUCUUCAUGGAUCCCAUCUACAGCAGGGUAGAAAAGCGGAAGGUGACAGACCCUGUGGGAGUCCUGAAAGAGAAGUACCUGCGGCCAUCCCCACUGCUGUUCCACCCCCAGAUGUCAGCCAUAGAAACCAUGACAGAGAAGCUGGAAAGCUUUGCAGCCAUGAAGGCCGACUCAGGCAGCUCCCUGCAGCCCCUGCCUCACCACCCCUUCAACUUCCGGUCCCCACCCCCAACGCUCUCGGAUCCCAUCCUCAGGAAGGGCAAGGAGAGAUACACAUGCAGGUACUGUGGCAAGAUCUUCCCCAGAUCUGCGAAUCUCACAAGACAUCUGAGGACACACACUGGGGAGCAGCCAUACAGGUGCAAGUAUUGUGACCGGUCAUUCAGCAUCUCCUCGAACCUCCAGCGGCACGUGAGGAACAUCCACAAUAAAGAGAAGCCAUUCAAGUGUCACCUGUGCAACCGCUGCUUUGGGCAGCAGACCAACCUGGACCGGCACCUGAAGAAGCAUGAACAUGAGGGAGCACCAGUGAGCCAGCACUCUGGGGUGCUCACGAACCACCUGGGUACCAGCGCCUCUUCCCCCACCUCCGAGUCGGACAACCAUGCACUUUUAGAUGAGAAGGAAGAUUCCUACUUCUCUGAGAUCCGAAACUUCAUCGCCAACAGUGAGAUGAACCAGGCAUCUACUCGGAUGGACAAACGGCCUGAGAUCCAAGACCUGGACAGCAACCCCCCGUGUCCAGGCUCAGCCAGUGCAAAGCCAGAGGAUGUAGAGGAGGAGGAAGAGGAAGACCUGGAGGAAGAGGAUGAUGACAGCUUAGCUGGGAAGUCACAGGAGGACACCGUGUCCCCCACACCUGAGCCUCAAGGAGUCUAUGAGGAUGAGGAGGAUGAGGAACCACCCAACUCCCUAACCAUGGGCUUCGACCAUACUCGAAGGUGUGUUGAGGAGCGAGGAGGCGGUCUGUUAGCUUUGGAGCCGACGCCAACCUUUGGGAAGGGGCUGGAUCUCCGCAGAGCAGCUGAGGAAGCAUUUGAAGUUAAAGAUGUGCUUAAUUCCACCUUAGAUUCUGAGGCUUUAAAACAAACCCUGUACAGGCAGGCUAAGAACCAGGCGUAUGCAAUGAUGCUGUCCCUCUCUGAGGACACUCCUCUCCACGCCCCCUCCCAGAGCUCACUGGAUGCUUGGUUAAACAUCACAGGAGCCUCAUCAGAGUCUGGAGCCUUUAACCCCAUCAACCACCUCUGAGGUCCUGGAGGCCCCAGGGCCGGAGUCCAAAGCCAGGUUACCAGCUGCGGGAGAUGGAAAAGGGGCCAGGGAGAAGCUCCUGACACCUUCAUUUUGCCUCACCUCCACUUCCAGCCCUACCCGCCACGGCUCAAGUCCAGCUUCUCCAAUGAAACUCAGAACCUGAAGGUCCCUCGAGUAGCCACUGACCUUCACCACCUUUCAGAACUGGCCUCAAGGACACGGUCUGCAGUGGUGCAGUGCAUGGCCACACAGGAGCUGCUCACCGUAGCUGCCUAUCAGAUAACUAGUGAGCAGGGGUGGGAUCUCCAUCCCAACAGGAGCCAGUUGGCCACAUCUGGGCAGCUGCAUGGUAUGAAGGAGGGGAAUGGAAACAAGUGGGCAUGUGCUACGGAGAGAGACCUCACAAAUGAUUUUUAUAAUGAAAAUUACACAAGUAACCCUUUUGGUAAUCUUAUUGACUAUAGAGUCUAUUUAAGCAUGUGGGUUUUAAAAAUAGACAGUAUUUUUUAAAAAAUCAAAAAUGACUUGCAAAAUGUUUUUUAAAAGUAAUUUUGCAUUGCUUUGAAAAUUCAGCUUAUUGGCAAACCCACACCUGCCAGGACGUGGAGCACUGCUCGGGUGUGCCCUUUAUAAUGUAGAUAAUGGAGAAUUUUCUAUCCCCGACCCUGUUUGUACAAGCCAAGGUGAUUCUGGGUGUCCCUGACACAGGAUAAGGGGCAUGGAGCCAUCUGAAUAGCAUGCUGACUACACGGGAAUUUUUGGUCACGGUGCCUGGCUGCAGGUUUGUGGAGGCCAGGUCAGGGAGGUUGUCUUGCUCCAUGUGGCCUGCAGAGGAAUCCACCAGUCCCCACCCAAGACCCCCCAAUUGUAUGGGGAAGUCGGGAGCCGGUGGCUCAGGUCUUCCAUGCUGGACACCUAAUGGUCUUUCCCCUUCAGCAGCCCCAGCGCUGGCCCUGACUGCUGCUCUUCUGAAGGUCGGGCUCUGGGCCAUGUCUAGGAGGCCUCCAGCCUUCUACUCUCCCCAACCCUGGCAGUCGGAUGUCCUCCCCAUGGCCACUAAGCAUGGGGAGCCUACCUACCUGCUCCACCGCUCCAGGAUGCCAAGCACUACCUGUGCCUAAGACUCCAGCUCAACCACAUAGCCGCCACGUCUGCUCUUUGUGUGGGGUUCUGGUGAGAUGCGGUCAGGAACAAAAGGAGGAUCCAGGGGGCCUGCCAGGCAAAGAGCAGAAACAGCACAGCCUCGGGACCAGAUGCCUCACUCCUUUGGGACGGUCAUGAUGUGUCUACUUCUCUGCUUGGAUGGGCUUUAAAUUAUUCCCACAGGGGCCAACUUCAAAUAAUUUUUUUCUCUGAUGGAAUUUACCUUAAUCUGUAUAUAACUUGUAAUUUUUUUAAUUCAUUUCUUUCCUUAUUUUAUUUCUUCCUUAACAGUAUUUUUGGCAUUGGACAACUUAUUCUGAAGAAAUGAUGUUAAUAUAAGUAUGUAGUGAAGGACCAAAACCGUGUGACAAGGUUGUGUGCUGUGUGAUCGGUAACCAGGGAGUGGGCGGUUGUUAAUGUGCCAAAUACCCCUGCGUCCCUCCCUCGAGGAGUCUUGCGGUCACCGCUGCCCAUUUACCAGACAAUCAUAUGAUUUUGUUAAAUUUGAGUUUUUAAGCAAGUGUUCUAUUUAUUUUAUCGUUUUGAAGGAAAAAAAAAUGAGUAUCCCAACAAGAAAAAGGGAGGGAAUCCUUCCUGGAUUGCCCUUUAAAAAAAAUGAGAGAUAGUGUCAACAGCCACGGUGCAAGUGUGUCACACUACGGGCAUGUCAGUGAUUCCCCCUGGGAGCAACAUGAACAUCCAAGCAGGUGUGUUUCGUGAAUGCUGUGGCUGUUCUGGGGCAAAGACAAUCAUCUCUGCUGAUGCGGAGUAGCCCAGGCUGUGCUGGAGACUUGAUGGGGACAUCCCUGAAGACACCACUACCCUGCAGGUUCCAGUGAAUCCCAGUGAUGUCAGAUGGAAUAGUCCUCUGUGUGUGCCCAGGAGUACAUGUAUGCAGUUGUGUAUGCAGACUGGGGCAGCGAGGACACUCUUCAGAGGAACUUGCCAUGGUCGGGGUUGUAAGGAUUUGUGGACCCAACUGCUCACACUUCUCACAGGUUCAUGACAUCCUCUUAGUGAUGGGCUAGGGCCUCAGCUUAGGGAUUUCAGGUUCCUCUAGGUGGGAGCUAGAUGGGAUCCCUGUAAAAGUUCAACCUCAGAUAAAUGGAUCCCACAUUUGUAAACCCCAAAUUAUAUGCUUUCUUCUGAGAAAGAGCAAGAUGCGUGCUUUUUUUCUGUGAUGUGACUUUCUCCAAAGUGGGGGAGUCUGUCUGGAUAGAGACUUCUAUGAAACUUUUGGACAGCAGCAGAGCAGCUAAAGGCUUUCCUUUUUGUCCUCUUUGGUACUCCCGACCCCUGUCCUCUCACCCUUCUUUCUCCUUCCCAAGAGUCCCAGCUUUGCUAAGUCAUAUGCUUUGCCCACCCCACCCCCAAAAAAGUGAUGGUAGCAAACCCAGGUUCUCUUGAAUGGUCAACCCUUGGGCCCAGCACUUGGAAUUUGGAGGGCUCUGUCCUUACCUCCCCCAACAAAGACAGCACUUAUCCCCAACUUAUCUGCACUUACCUGCACUGUAUCCCCAACAUGCUGCCUCCAUACUGCAUUGCCCCCAAAAGUGAGCUCUGCCUACCUGGCAUCUCUGCACUCUUGCAGUACCCAGCUGGCUCAAGCCAAGCAUCAGGCACAGGAGACCCUCUCAGGGUCAGGGAGCUGGACUAGGUGUGGGUUCUAAGAUCCUGGCUGCUGGAGAACCAAACCAUACUGUGUUGCCUGUUGCCAUGCAGCAUAGAAUGUCAGGACAAGUGUCCAGCCAGGACUGUUUCCCUAAUGGUAUACUUCCAAUUCUUGUUACUUGCCUCCCAAAAUAGAAAUUCCUAAGAAGGCCUCCUAGUUUAUAUUCCCUCCAGGCCCCAUUCUUCCUGUUACUGCUGCCUUUCCUAGGAGGAAGAUCAGGUAGGAAACAUAGGGCUUCACCAUCCUGCAGGCAAGGUGGAUCCUGCCUGAGUAAGACCAGAGCAUCCCUGUGCAAGCCCAGUAAUGGGUAAGCACAGCCUGGCUGAGCCUGCCCAGCCUGAGGGGCCCUACUUUCCAAGACCAGGAGAGCAGAUGAUCUGUCCAGACCCUGAUUGACCUAACCCCCCUGCCUCUCAGAAUCCAGACUCAGCCGUUGGCUUCCUCUGCCUCAUCUGCUUCCCCAGUGAGUGUUUGUGAAGCACUUGCUUAAAUACAUAUCACGUGUUUUAGACGCGAAGCUCAAAGCACUGGAUUAUGGUCCCUAUCCCGUCCC